UUAAAACUGAAAUUCACAUACUUUCACAGUUCCAAUAGUGUUCACCAUUCAGUCGCAAUGACUACAGGAGCUAUGGGCCGUCUAAUAAUAUUAUUUUGUAUAUUUGUGGCUACUGCAUUUGGUGAUACAAGCUACAGAUUGAGCACACCAAUAACACCAUCUGCGUACAAUGUUAGAAUAUCACCAAAUUAUGAAGGCGCCAACCCUGGCCCUGUAAUCUUCGAAGGAGAAGUGACAAUUAAUUUCAGAACGGCCACAGAUACAAAUGUGAUUCAGCUUCAUUCGUUGGACCUUAAUUUCACAAAUGCUGAUGUAACACUGACGCCGUCUAUAACUAUCUCUUCAGUGGAAUUUAAUGAGACAUUAGAAUUCGCAUACAUUAAUUUGUCAAAUAAUUUGCAAAUUAACACAGAUUACGCUUUGACAAUCAGAUAUAGAGGUCCUGUUAGGACUGAUCUCAAUGGUUUCUAUGGAGCUACUUAUACGGAGAAAGGCGAGACAAAAUGGGUGGGCGCAACUCAAUUCGAAUCAACACAUGCAAGGAGAGCAUUCCCAUGCUUCGACGAACCACAACUAAAAGCUACCUUUACAGUUUCGAUAGACAGACCAACGAAAUAUAAUUCUUUAUCGAAUAUGAAAAGACAAAAUACAACAGACCUGGGAAACGGGUAUGAAAGAGAUUUAUAUUACCCAUCACCAAUCAUGUCAACAUAUUUGGUUGCAUUUGUAAUAUCUGACUUUGUUCUCGCAAAACAAUCUCCUGACCAGAGUAAACCUGUCGGCAUUUACACAAGACCCGAAGCAAUUAAUCAGACUGAAUUCACCUUCGAUUUUGCCGUGAAAUCUGUUGACAAACUCGGCGAGUAUCUAAACGUUAAUUAUUUCUUAACAAAUGAACAAUUGAAGUUGGAUCAUGUAGGUUUACCGGAUUUCAGAGCUGGUGCUAUGGAAAACUGGGGUUUAGUGACAUACAGAGAAUCUCUAUUCUUAUACGAGCCUGAGGAGUCGUUAGCUUAUUACAAAUAUAGAGUGGCACAGAUUAUAGCACACGAAACAGCUCACAUGUGGUUCGGGAACCUGGUCACGUGUCAUUGGUGGAGUGAUGCCUGGCUGAAUGAAGGGUUUGCCAAUUACUUCCAAGAUUAUAUUACAUAUUUGAUCGAGCCGGAAUUAAGAUCCGACAAUGUACUUGUGACGGGGUCUGUCUACAGUGCCUACAAUGCAGAUGACUUCCCUACCUCGACUCCAAUCUCCAACGACAACGUUAACACGCCAUCGGAGAUCAGCGGCAACUUUGGCACAAUCACCUAUCAGAAAGGCGGAUCAGUUAUCCGGAUGAUACACCAUUUGAUUGGCGAUGAAGCAUUUAAAACCGGUCUCAACGUUUAUUUAACUACGUCACAGUUAAGCUCUGGUCGUCCUGAUCAAUUAUACUCAGGAUUGGACGCUGGAGUUCAAAGAUACAAUGCCUUAUCUGCAUAUCCUGGUUUCAACAUAAAAGACAUCAUGAGCUCGUGGAUAACUCAGCCUGGCCAUCCUGUUUUAAAUGUAGAAGUGGAUUAUGUAAAUAAAACCAUUUCUUUAACCCAGAGACGCUUCUAUUCAAAUUCAAGUUAUGAAUCAAACGAGAUAUACCAAAUACCUAUAACUUACACUACCAAAGACUCGAUCGACUUCGAAAAUACUAAACCUGUCUUCAUAUUGAAUGGUAGCAGUACUGAAAUAGAAUUAAACAUAACAGAACAGUCAUGGGUCUUGUUCAAUAUUCAAGAAUCAGGUUUAUACCGGGUUAAUUACGAUAACGAAUCUUGGAAGAGAAUAUCAAAUGCAUUGAAAGGCGAAGAUAGAAAUAAGAUUCACAAUCUUAACAGAGCUAAGAUCAUCAACGAUAUCUUCGCUUUGUAUAUUGCUGAUCAAGUACAAUUUUCUCAAUUGCAUUACAUCAUACAAUAUCUCACAUUAGAGACCGAUUACUCGGUGUGGCAGGCUGCAAUCAGUGGAUUAAGAAAAUUAAGGAGCCGUUACUUAGAAUCGGAUAUAAUUGAUGAGCUUGAUAAAACUUCACUCAAUUUAGUCCGCAACGUUAUUAACGAAUUCGGAUACCAUCCAAGACCGACAGAUGACUAUGAAUCACUCAGGAACCGUUUGGAAUUAUUGGAGUUUGCUUGCGACUUGGGUGAUACUGAAUGCAUACAACACACCGUGGAACUGUUUAGAGCUCUGAGAGAGAAGAAUGAAGAGGUUCCAGCAAGUAUAAGAUCAGUGGUGUACUGCAAUGGACUUCGCAAUGGUGAUGGCGAAGAUUACGACUUCCUUUGGAAUCGUAUGCUUACCACAAACUUGGGAAAUGAGGAACGGACCAUCUUAGAAAUUCUUGGGUGUACUUCAGAUAAAGAAAAAUUAAAAAGCUACCUCUUAUCAGUGCUCGAAGCAGAUAGUAAAAUCAAAGUACAAGAUCUCACAACGCCUUUAUCAAGUGUACUCAAGACACCAAGUAAUGUGGAGGUUGUUUUGGAAAAUUUCAGUUGUUCACAGUGGAGGCCAGGUUAUACUACGUUGGAGUCUGUGGUUGCCACAAUUGCAAACUCUUUGCGCACUGAGAGCCAAUUUACCCAGUUUGAAGAGCGACUACAAUCAACGAACUGUUUACAAAGCGAAAUAGACAGCGCAAGGAAAGCAGUAGAUGGUGUAAGAGGAAAUUUACAGUGGGCCGCAGAGCACAAGGAAGAAAUAUUGACGGAAAUAAGAAACAACGCAAUAUCUACAUUGCCAUCUUGUAUUCUGCUCAUUGCCAUUUCGGCUAUGGCAAUUUUUAAGUCAUCAUAAACUCUUCACAAUUGCCAACGAUUUCAUAAAAAAAUUCAAAAUACCUGACAUGAAAUACUGGUGUGAUCGCUUUGUCGACUACAAAACGUCUCAACAGAUGUUCAUAAAUUAACUAAAAAACUUUUAACCAAUUAAAACUAAAUAUUAUUAACCAAUUUCGAUCUCGUCAGCUUUUAAACAAGUUGCAGAAAAAUCAGUGUAUUGUUUUCGAAGAUAAUUUAAUAGUAAUAAUGUGACAGACAGAUUUAUAGACACACAUAUUGAUAACACUCUUUUUUGGCGGUGAUAAACAAUGCGUACGUUUUUUUUCUGUUCCAAAUAACGAACCUUUUUAUUACAGUUCUAUUACUUCAUACAUUUUUUUUUUAAUCUGCCAUGAUGUUGUUAUAUAAAUAAAUAGGAUAUAUGAAUAGAAGUCUCCCGCUAAGCCACUUUAUGAUUAUUAAAAUUAUAUUUAACAUAUAAUCCAUUUUAAUCUACUUCAAUUUAUGUAUUAUAUAUAAUAUAUAUCUGUGUAAAAUAUACCUAUAUGUUUAUAACAGUCAAAUAUAUAUCAAUAAAUAAGUAUGGUCGUAAAGUAUAAAAACUAAAUAAUAUUUAUUUACACUGCCAGCUACUUCAUAUAUUUAUUGCUUAAUUAUAUAUUUAUUACAUUUAUAUAAAUAAACAUACACAUUAUAUGUAACAAAUAAUAUUUUUUUAAUAAUUAGCGACUAAGUGUUUUUAUUAUUGAUGUACUUAUGUAUUUUUUUAUUGUAAAAGAGAUCCCUUUGCCACUUUGUAAUUAGUACUUUAUUAUUAAAUAAUGUAUCCAUAGAUGUAAUAUUGUAUUAUUUAGAUA